AUCACUGGAUCAAAGUUUCUGUGCGGAAACUCUUAAAUGAGAAGUCCACUUUGCAUAGGAGUUAUCGACUGAAGGCUCUCCAUCCCAACUGGUGUCAGCAGGUCAAGUUUGUCCCCCAGCUGAAACUGGUGAUCUCUUCCUCGGCCACUGAGAAGUCCUCUCUGGUGCUGACAAUAUUGUCAUCCAAAGCCUCUGAGAAACCCAAGUGGUCAGUGCUGAAUUUAAGAAAAGGGAUUCUGUGCUUUGAUUACUGCCCGGACAAGAGCUUCCUGGUGACUGGUGGCUAUGACUCCCUCAUCCGCCUGUGGAACCCUUUCCUCUCAAAAAGUCCCGUGUGGCUGAUGAAGGGACAUCAGACCUCAGUGUCACACAUCCUCGCUCAUAGCAAGAACAGCAGCAUUCUCUUCAGCCUCUCCAAGGACAAGAACAUUCGCGUAUGGGACAUUCAGGACUGCGUGUGCCUCCAGUCCUUCUGUGGGAAGCUCUUUGCCCCGGGAAACUGCCCCAUCACCAGUGCCUACUUCUGUGAGCAGGAUAACACCCUUAUCUGCAGCACCUACUCUAUUGGGGUCCUGAAGGGGUACCUGGAGGCCCAGGGGCCUCUGAAGGCAGGGAAGAUCACAACUCACAGCGUCUCGCUGUGCGCCGUCCUCUACAGCAAGAUCUUCAAGCAGGUGGUGAGUGGCUGCCUGCAGGGCACCGUGAGUGUGUGGGAGGUCGUGACGGGCAGCAAGAAGAUGGAGUUCUCUGUGUCCGACACCCAGCAAGUGGAGCUGACUGCCAUGGCCCUGGAUGAGUCGGAGCGGUGCCUGCUCACCGGCUUACGUGAUGGCACGGUGAAGAUGUGGAACUACAACAUCAGCAAAUGCCUGCUGACCUUUCCCAGUUCGGACCAGCUGGAGAUUAGUGGGAUUGCCCAUAUGAACAAAGUAUUUUACGUGACAGGAUGGAGUCAGAGAAUCACCUGUUUCAUGUUCCACAAGACCAAGCCGGUGCUCCUGUGCUACCCCUGGCAGACCUUUCACAAAGAGGAUGUGCUGAGCAUGGCCAAGUAGAACCAGUUCCUAGGAACCUCCUCCUACAGUGGGGAUGUCCUCUUCUGGAAUGCCAAAGCCUUCAAGCCCGUCUUCAACUUCAACGCCUCUAAGAGCCCGUUUCCUCUGCAGCCCAAGAGGGUGGAGAAUGUGGAUGACUUUCUGGCUGAGAACCACAGACUCAGCAGACCCUGCAUGAAGCAGAACUGGGCACACAAGGCUGACAGGAAACUCCCCUGCCCUGGCUCCAGGGCUAUGGCCAACACCAAACUGAGGCGGAACCUGACGUCAGCCCCGCCGGUGACGAGACACCUGAGAGACAAGGAGCCAGACAGGCCUACAACCCCGCAGAAGCCUUUCAGUGCGGGAAGAUCCAGGCAGCCCAGCAAUCCCCACGGCAAGCAGUCAGUUCUCAAAGAGGCUGAGACAAGGAAUGGAGAAUUCCAGAAGAUGUUGCUGCAGUCCAACGUGUCGGUGGAGAAGAUAAUCUUCCUGCAGACCAGGCCUCGCCUGCCGCACACGGCUGCUCUGCUGAGUAGCUGCAUCGAUGGCUACAUCUAUGCCUGGUCCAUUCACAGGAAUGGGGGCCUGCUGGGGAAGUUCCCUGUGGACCUCAAGGACAACAGGGAUGUUGUGGUGGGUGCCAUGGCCACUGAUGAAAGUGACAGGAUCCUCAUCACAGGGGAUUGUAAAGGACACAUCAAGAUCUGGGACAUCAAGGGUUACUGUGCGUUCACUGAUUUGCAACCAUCGCGAUCCAGUGGGGGCAAGGUCCUCUCUGAAAAAGAGAACAAGUUCCAUGCCUUGAUUCCUCAACAGCUUGGGACCAGUUUCUCGAGUUACAUUCCCUUGAAGGAGAAAGAGGUUGUGGAUGGCCAGACCAUCUCCCUGGUCCCCCCACUCCUGAUUACUUGGAAGGGUCAUCUGGACAGUGUGGCAGACAUCCUGUAUGUGGACAGCUUCCAGCUGGUCAUCAGUGCUGGCCAGGACCAAGAUAUCAAGGCUUGGAGACUUUCUGGUGAUGCCACUGGAACGUUUGGCUUGAGAGUGUGGAAAAGGCUACAGGAUGCCUGUGAUGGUCCCUGUGAGCAAAGAGCAAGCCCAGAGGACAAGGCCUACUCCGCUGGCGCUGCCCACAGGGCCUCCUGCCUGUAGCCGCAGGAAGAGCGGGCUCUGGCAGACGCCCUGGAGUACCAGCGCCGGGAGCAGGCAGUGCUGAUGGCCCUCCUGUAUGGGAAGGCAGACACAGAGGCCAAGGCGUGGGCCCGGCUGCAGAAGAUGUCCCCGAUGUCCCCGUGGGCCGGAGAGCGCUCCCUGGAUGACAUCGAGGACAGCUGGAGCGAGUGGGAGUCCAGGGGCAAGCAGGCGAGCAAGGUCUUGGGGGCAGCGUCUAAGCCCAGAGAACGGCCGCGGAGUGCAAGACUCCUGCCCACCCACGUGCGCUACGGCUAGAUGAGGCAGCAGAUCUCGCCUCAGAUCUACCAAAGCCUGCACUUCAAGGAGCUGACACCCGUCCGGCAGCCCGCCUUCCUGAGCAACAGGGCCCCGGAUCAGCAGGACCGGUGUGUCCGCCUGGUGUCCCCCGCUGUCCAGAAGGACCUGGAGCCUGGCAGGGAGCAGGGCUCACCAGAUGCCCCUGUCGGCCUGCCCACGGCACCCUCCUUCCUGUCCUCUUCACUGUCCCCGAUGGCCUUGGCCUCCAGGUUGCUGGACUCCAACCUGCCUCCCUUCCCCAGGCCCAAGUCCUCUGUCUCCUUCCCACGGCCCUGGUCAACUUCCCUGGCCCAGUCCACCCCCUGGGCCUCCUCCCCAGUGUCCAAGUCGACUCUGCAGAGGUCAAUGACCCCUGCGCCUGUCUCCACCUCCCUGGAGCAGCCCCCAAGUCCUCCGAAGGGCACCCUCAUGUCCCCCCUGAAGCAGGGCUCCCGCGUCAGGCUCUGA